CACGCUGAAUAGCGAGCAUGAGCUGAACUGUAAAUAACUCCUCAAUAAUAUUCCAGUUUUGCUCCAGUUUUCCAGCCGUGUCAGUCGGACAGCAUGGCCUCGGAGGAGGACGACGCUCUGCUGCUUUUAAUCUACCAGCACCUGAAGGUGAACGGUUACGAGAAAGCUGCCAAGGUGCUGCAAAAACACGUUUCUCAGGUGGAGACACCAGAGGAGGGAUCCAACCUACAUGAUAUCUACACAGGCUGGAGGAAGCUGUGCUCUCUAGCUCAGCAUGCCGAGCAGGAGACAGAAGACUCUACUACUUUGAAGAAGAAUAGCAUCAAAGCAGAACCUGCCACCAGCGAAGAAGAAGAGGUCAUAGAGCCCAAACUCUCCGACACCACAGUAGAAAACAACGUGGAUGCCAAACCUCCACUUGAGUCCAUGACAGGCGCUGAGACCGCCACUGAGCAGCUGCUGCUGCAUCCUGGAGCUGAAACCAAAACAACAGACGCAGACAGUGAGAGCGCUGAUGUGUCUGACAGUGAAGAAGAAGAAGAUAAAAAAGAGGAGGAAGAAACAAAAACAGAGCAAGAGGCAGCUACCAUCGAAGUGUCUGCUGAGGCAUCUAACAAGGCAGAAAGUUCCAGCCCCAGCUCCUCAGACUCUGAGGAAGAGGUUGAACCCAACUCCAGCCAGGCCGACCCUGGACAAGCUGCCUGUGAUCAGGCCAAGGAUCAGGUCACUGACCCUGAUCCAGCUGCGGUCUCCAGUUUGGACAGCGAGAGCAGUAAGGAGCAGAAAGAAGACGACGAUGAGCCCAAACAGGAGACAGAAGCAGCCACGGGCGCCUCUGAGGUCACAGAUGAAACCUCUGCAUUUGAACAGACGGCUGUCAGUCAAACGGAGGCCACGCCUUCCUCCACACAGGAGGCCUCUGAAGCAGAUUCCUCAGAAGAUGAGGAAGGCGGCGUUGCAGAGAAGCCCAGCCAGGCCGACCCCCCCACAUCCGACCUGACAGCUCAGGACACCAAUGACCAGCCGGCAGAGAGUGAAGCCCCGCCCCCUGCAGAUCCUGACUCUGAAAAUCCAAAGGAGGAAGAGGAGGAAAAGGAGGAGGAGAUAGCCAAGAGGACAGGGGGAGGUGACCUCACAUCCCCGCAGAAGCUUGAGGACCAGGGUGGCACUUCUGACCUCCUCAUCACUGACACUGAAAAGGUGAUGGUGGCGGCUGCAGAGGAGCGAGUCGACCCAGAGGUCUCCAUCAUCCUCAACAUCGAAGACAGCGAAGCAGACGAGCAAGAAACCAGCCAGCCGCUCCCUGAGGAGGCUGCUGAGCCCUGCAAAGAUGCCGAAACUCCCAAGAAGAAGAAAAAGAAGAGCAAAAAGGGUGUAGAGACGCCAAGUGCAGAUACGCCGAGCACAGACGCAUCCACCAUAGAUUCACCCAGUGAUACUCCUCUUACCACCAAGACUGCCAGGAAGAAAAAGAAAGACAAAAAGAGACAGGAGGAAGAUCAGCAGAAAGAGGAGGAGGAGGAGGUGGUGAAGCAGGAGGAGGACAUGUCUCAGGCCACUUCAUCAGAGAUGAAGAAGAAGGCUAAGAAAAGGAAACGGGAGAGAGAUGAGGUGGAAGAGAAAGAUGAGGGAACUCUUGCCACUCCUUCAGAAAAAAAAAUUAAAAAGAAAAAGAAUAAGGUGAGAGAUGUAGAAGAGGCGCAGAGCGAGGCAGUAGGGGAGGAGGAGGAGGAGGAGGAGGAGACGCCGGAGAAUCCUGCAGAGAAAACGGAGGCGAAAAAGAAGAAAAAGAGGAAAAAGGUGGUGCGGGCUGAUGAACGACCAGCAGGGGGCGACAACGACACAGAAAAGCAGCUGGACGCCACAGACGGAAACUCUUCUCAGCUCUCCUCGGCCCAAAAGAAGAAACGUCUCAGGAUCAAACUGAGCAGGAAGAAGAGGUUGAGGGUCCAGAAGCAAGAGGAGAAAAUGAGGAGGAAGAAGAAGAAGAGCAGCAUGACUACGGGACAGACUGAAAGCGCAGCUGAAAGCAAGAAGCUCGCGGGCAAAAAGAAACAAAAACGGAUCCAAGAGGCAGCAGAGGAAACGCCUGGACCAAAACCAGCCAAAAGACCUCAACCUGAUCCUGCCCUGGAGGACGAGAUACCAAAGAAGAAGAAGAAAAAGAUGAAAAUAAACCCUGAACAAGAGGAGAAUUCCUCAAAAGAAAACCAGCCGCCAAAGACGAAGAAAAAGAAGAGGCCGGUGAAGGAGGAGGAUGAAAGUGGUGCUGAGCUUCCUGAAAUCGUCUCGCCUCUACUUUCAGAGGAAGGCGAGAAGAAGAAGAAGAAGAAAAAGAAAAAGAAGAAGGUGAAGGCUGGAAAAGACGAGGAGACAACAGAAAGUUCAACUCCCAUCACUGUGAGCCACGAUGUAUCUGCAAAGAAAAAGAAGAAGAACAGAUUAGAGCAGAAACUGGAAGAGACGGAAGCUGCUGCUGACGAACACACACCAACAACUACUUCUACGAAAAAGAAAUCUUCCAAAAAGACGAUCAUCUUAGAUUAAACCUCUGGUGUAUUCUGUGAUCAGGCAUCAGUGGAGCCAAAACAACACGGCAGUCUGCAUAAUGUGCCUUUACUCCUGAGUUUUCUGUCUGUUCCUGGGAGGAGAUACCCUUUCAUCUCUGAAAACACUGAUGUUCCCUCUCUCAUGUCAUGUUUCACAAUCUUUUGCUCUAAAACUGUGAAAACGAUACAACUAACAUACACGAUUACAACUUUAAAAGACCGUCAGCAGAUUGGAGCUGUUAAAUCUAAAUUCAGCCAGUUGGUUAUCUCAAGGGCUGGUUAUCAUUUAAAACUUUCUUUCUAUUGUUCAAGUAAUAGAAGCCAACAUUUAGUCUUAAAUAUUUUUGUUUAAAAUCAAAGAACAACUGAACUUCAUUACAAAUAGGUCUAAAAUGAACUUCGUUUACUCUGUCAGUUGCUUUGUCUAUAAAUUGUUUUUUUUAAUAGUAGUGAAAAGAAAGAACAUUACCAUAAGUGAAAGUUUUCAAACAUCCCAAAACCUAAAGAUAUUCAGUUUACAGUGAUAUAAAACUGAGAAAAGCUGAAACCAGACAAUAUUUGGAUUGAUUAAUUACUUAAGCAAUGAAUCAUUUUCUUUCAGUACACUUGAUUUCAGCUCUGAUUAUGAAUCUGACCAGACAUUCGAUGCCAACUGUCGGGACUAGUUUGAUACUUGGAGCUACAUUUUGGUCUAAAUCAAAUAAGAAGGAUAAUAAUAAUAAUAGUAUGCAAGUUUGAUAAGCAGCCCUAGUUAUUCCUACUCCUCUGCGUCAGAGAAAUAUAUUAAUAAUAUUUGUAUUAUAAAAGCCGCAAUCUACAUCCAACCAGAAGUGAAAGAAAUAAUGAAGGGGGGCUGUCUCAGUCAGACCCAUUUGUCAUCUUGGAAAUAAAAAUAUAUAACAGUGACUGUCUUACAGCCCGGGGCGUCGUCUUUUGCCACAAUCUAAAUAACACUACCUUUGCUGGUAGGACAGGUGAGCUUUGCGGCGUUAACUGCUACAUAACCUCGGCUAGAAAUGAGCUUUACGGGAACUAGCUGUGAGAGAGAAACAUUUCGUUCAGGCCAUGUUGGAGAAAUAAAAGGUUUCUGUUGGUAAAGUGUAAAUGAGCUGAUAUUGACGGUUAAACAUUUUUCCGUGUUUAUGAGGUUAAAAAAAAAAAGUAGUUUGAGGAAGAAGACGAUUUGCUUUUCUUUCAGUCACAAAGCUGUGAAAUUCUGUUUUUAUUUGGAAAUGGUUUUGUUUACAGAGUUCUGUUGUUUACACACUGUUUUUCUUUAUAAUCCCAUGAGCUGUUAACUAUGCAUCUGAUUAAAUCUUGUUGCUUGGAGGGAAAAUUAACAAAUUUCACUACUUGGACUUAUUUUAUUUUAUUUUUUUUGUGCUGUUUCUGAGGACCAACAUGGGAAAGAUAAAAUAAAACUCUGUAACAGCUUUAA